AUGUUUGAUGAAUCAUCGGGCCAAGUCUUUAAAGAAUGGACUGUGCCUCGCCAGAGCCUUCUUCGCGGUAGUGAUCGGGACUGGUCUCGGCAGACGCCAUACCCUCUGCUCAGUCCGCGAGGGACAAAAGGGCCCCGAUCUUUGGUUGACAUGGCAGUACACCUAGUCGCAAACAACAUUGGGGAUAUCACCGAGCGACAUCUGGACGGCUUUCCGACCAGACUGCUGUGGCGGGUGUGGCGUCUUCUAGAGGCCAGACAGCAUAUUUGCCAGCCGACGGAUGAGCUAAGGAUUUACAUACAACCCUUGUCAUCCCAGCCGGCAGAUUUCAUCACCCACUUAGUGAUAAGUGGUGGCUGUCGAUUUAGCACUCACGAGCUGCUCUGUCUUUCCAGCCUGAACAACCUCGGGGCGUUGGAACUCAUCCAGCCAAGGGAAGAGCUGCAGACCGAAUUUAUGGAUGUUAAUGACAGGCUUCUCCGCGGUUGGACAGAGACUAGAGACCCUUUUCCGCUCCUGCGCGUACUACGAAUAUGGGUUAGUAGAGGUAUCACGCAAGAAUCACUUCAAUGGGUGUCAAAGUUUCCAUCUUUGGCUUUGUACGAUGUCAUGGCCCCCAAAAGCGAUUGGGAUCUCUUUCGUGAUUUCGCCCUCGACAAUGGGUGGGAACUGGCUGACCAUCAUCACGACGGCUUACUCUUGCCGUCCUUGAUAUUCUCUGCAUCCAUGGGAGAGCUCCGAAAAACUAUACUGGCCAGAGACUUGAGAAGAGUGGAUUCGGAGCUGAUUUCUCUCAGCAGUGGCUCUUGUUGCUCCGUCAAAUUCGUCCCCAAUGGCCAGGCUCCAUCUCUACUAGAUUAUCUGACAGAUGCUACGAAAGCUUCUGUGCCUACAUGGAGCACUGAGGCUACUUUUGCUACUUUGUCAGAAGCACGGCCCUGUCAUAGAGUAGCUUUCGAGGCCUGGGCAUUCUGGACGUAUUCUUACCUCGGACAACUGGGUGCCGACCAAGAUUUGCGACUUCGGGGGGUUGAACCCCAUUUCCAGGCCUGCGCAGGCCCUUUUGUUCUUCCCUCCAAACGUACCGCAAGCGUUUACCUGGGCCAUAACAGCCGCGGUGGUAUCGAUACCAUGCCAUCAUACGCCCCUCAUGGACUGUUUUCUACUUCGAAGAUCGCAUUCAUUCGACGUGGAAUCUUUCAAACGGCGGCAGAGCCUACCACGCCUCGCAACGUGGCAGGAAAGGUCAGCCACGGUGGAAGAAAUGAGCAGAAGGAACCAAGACUGAGGAGUAGAAAGAAGCAGAAGUUGAAUGACAUGCUGCAGUCGUUGAUUCAGUGA